GACUGACGUCACUGCCAGGCGCCGGCGGCACGUUGGCUGGGCUUUCGGCGGGCUUCCCGGGGACCAAGAUGUCUAUGGCUAGCGAUUUCUACCUGCGCUACUAUGUAGGACACAAGGGCAAGUUUGGACACGAGUUUCUGGAGUUCGAGUUUCGGCCUGACGGAAAGCUUAGAUAUGCCAACAACAGCAAUUACAAAAAUGAUGUCAUGAUCAGAAAAGAGGCUUAUGUACAUAAGAGUGUAAUGGAAGAACUGAAGAGAAUUAUUGAUGACAGUGAAAUUACAAAAGAAGAUGAUGCUUUGUGGCCUCCCCCUGACAGGGUUGGCCGACAGGAGCUUGAAAUUGUAAUUGGGGAUGAGCACAUUUCUUUUACCACAUCAAAAAUAGGUUCUCUUAUUGAUGUAAAUCAGUCAAAGGAUCCUGAAGGCCUUCGAGUAUUUUACUAUUUGGUACAAGAUCUGAAAUGUUUAGUCUUCAGUCUCAUUGGAUUACAUUUCAAGAUUAAGCCGAUUUAAAUUAUAUCUAUUUUGAAGCUGUUUGUAUAUUUAAUGAAGGGAUGGGUAAGGGAGGUUUUAUUUGCCAUUUACAAUAUUGGGAUUUUUAUGACUGUGAAGCAAACAAAAUAAUUUUCUUUUAUAUUUAAACUGAAAAUAAGAAAAUACAUAAUAGGCUUAGGGGUAGUCUUUACUUGUGUCCAAGUGCAUUGGACAGUACCUACACACAUUAAAUUCUGUAAAUAAAAGCCACAUUUUGUUUAAAAUUUGCUCCAAUAAAACAUAUCAAAGCCUGA